AUGUUUGGUUUGGUGUGGUUGGCCAUGUUUCCCUUGGGGUGGACACGACUCUUGAUGCACCAAAUCGCUCUAUCGGGAAUGACCAAUAACACCAAACAGACUCCACUGUCUCAAUCAUGUCUGCAAUAUGAAUUAGAACAGACUUCGGGUGUUCGAAACCAACUUCGGAAGAAAAAGCGGGGGACCAGGAGAGAAGGAAUGAAAGAAAAGAAGAGGAAUGCCGCUCAAAUCGGCGCUUUUUCCAGCCUCAACGGUGACGACAACGUUUCGGAGUCACCGAAGCCGAUGUCGGAGUUGGCGGAUUCGGUUCCGGAACCGGCAGGCUCGACUUGGGUGGGUUUGGAAGUUGCAAAGGUUGAUAUGCUGAAGACGUCUCCAAACAAUGUCCCAGCAGUCAGCAUACUUGCGGGAUGGUCUAAUCAGAGGGGUCUCGGAGGUUGUCCAGCACAUCGCAUGUGGGGCGUGAGUACGCGUCUGGGAUACCGCAAGCGCGCGAAUAUCAUAGAGGGCGCAUUUCUGAGCGUUCGCGCAUGUACAGACGCGGGGGAAGAGCGAAGGAAGGCCCAGAGAACAACUAGAGUGCAGGAGCGCGCGUCUCAGGGCGCGAGCGCGAAUUCCGCGUGUUUUACCCAGGAAGCGUGUGGGCGGGGGCGAGGGCGUUUGAGGAAGAACCCAGAAGUUGCCAGAAUGAGUCUGAGGUGCCAUGACGAAUGGAUUAAGCGAGAGAAGUGA